GGGGCGGGCCUGGCGCGGGCAUUUCCUCAAUCUGACUGGUCCUCCGGCCCGUCACUCCCGGGCGCCCCCUCCCACCCCACCACGCGGUAAAAGCCAGCCCCGCCCCGGCUCGGACGGUUUCCAGGCUGGUCUUGGAGUCGAGGCCGCUGUGCCUGGGACGUCCCGCUGACCGCGCGUCUGCUGCAGAGACCAUGUCUGCCAACGGGGCGGAGGCUGAUGCCAGCACCCAGGUGACAGCGGGAGAACCGGUACAGCAGCCGAGUGUGGUGGACCGCGUGGCCAACAUGCCCCUCAUCAGCUCCACCUGCGACAUGGUGUCCGCGGCCUAUGCCUCCACCAAGGACAGCCACCCGCAUGUCAAGACCGUCUGCGACGCGGCAGAGAAGGGAGUGCGGAGCCUCACGGCGGCCGCUGUGAGCGGGGCUCAGCCGAUCCUCUCCAAGCUGGAGCCACAGAUUGCAUCAGCCAGCGAAUUAGCCCACAGGGGGCUGGACAAGUUGGAGGAGAACCUCCCCAUCCUGCAGCAGCCCCCGGAGAAGGUCCUGGCGGACACCAAGGAGCUUGUGACGUCCAAGGUGUCGGGGGCCCGAGAGAUGGUGGCCAGCGCCAAGGACACAGUGAGCACCCGAGUGUCGGAGGCGGUGGGUGCCACCUGUGGUGCUGUGCAGAGCGGCGUGGACAAGACCAAGUCCGUAGUGACCGGCGGGGUCCAGUCGGUCAUGGGCUCCCGUGUGGGCCAGAUGGUGCUGAGUGGGGUCGACACAGUGCUGGGGAAGUCAGAGGAGUGGGUAGACAACCACCUGCCUCUCACGGACGCCGAGCUGGCCCGCCUCGCCACGUCCCUGGAUGGCUUCGACAUCGCGUCCGUGCAGCAGCAGCGGCAGGAACAGAGCUACUUCGUGCGUCUGGGCUCCCUGUCAGAGAGGCUGCGGCAGCACGCCUACGAGCACUCGCUGGGCAAGCUUCGGGCCACCAGGCAGAGGGCACAGGAGGCCCUGCAGCAGCUGUCGCAGGCCCUAAGCCUGGUGAGGCUCCCGGGUCUUCACCCCACAGCACACACCCGUCGGGAGCUCACUGGCCUGCUGCUCACCCCUCUGCAGGCUGGCGGGGCCGUUCCUGCUUGCUCCUGGCACUGUCUCUGGUUGGUUGGACACCCCUAUGCUCAGGCUGCUGCCACAUACUGGGGCUGGGCACAGUGGCUCAUACCUUUUUUUACUCCAAUCGCCUUUGCUGAAACACGUGGUCCUGAUUGGCGUUCCCAUCUCCCUUCUCAGCAGGUGGAGUCCCGGGCUCUCACCAUGUUCCGGGACAUCGCCCAGCAGCUCCAGGCCACGUGCACCUCCCUGGGGUCCAGCAUCCAGGGCCUCCCCAGCAAUGUGAAGGACCAGGUGCAGCAGGCCCGCCGCCAGAUGGAGGAGCUCCAAGCCACCUUCUCCAGCAUCCACUCCUUCCAGGACCUGUCCAGCAGCAUCCUGGCCCAGAGCCGUGAGCGCGUGGCCAGCGCCCGCGAGGCCCUGGACCACAUGGUGGAAUACGUGGCCCAGAAUACACCUGUCACGUGGCUCGUGGGGCCCUUUGCCCCCGGAAUCACUGAGAAAGCCCCAGAGGAGAAGAAAUAGGGGGAGGGGAGAGGACUCGGGGGCCCCGUCUCCGUGCUGCAGCUCUGGAGUCCUCAAUCCGGGGCCCAUUUCAAACCGAUUUUCUUAGCCCCUCCUCCCAGCUCUUCUGUGCUGUCAGUUGGGAAGCGAAGGCUCUCAAAACUGGUCCAUCACCGCGCUGACCAAUCCCUCACCCCCUCUGAGCUUGGAAGAAGCAUAUUCUGAGCCUCAGCCUAUCAGUCAGUAGAAAGAGAUUUCCAGAAAAAUAUUUUCCAGGAAGGUUGCCCCCCAACCAGAAUUUUGUUUUUCCUUGUUAAAAACUGGGGAUAUAGGCCGGGUGCGGUGGCUCAAGCCUGUAAUCCCAGCACUUUGGGAGGCCGAGGCGGGUAGAUCACAAGGUCAAGAGAUCGAGACCAUCCUGGUCAACAUGGUGAAACCCCGUCUCUGCUAAAAAUACAAAAA